UUUAAUCUUGCUAUAAAAAAUCAUUAUAACACGUAGUGUAAUCAGUAGUUUAAAAAAGAAUUCUUUCGCGGAAGCAAACUUAUACGAUGUCAUCUGACAUGUCAGAUACUUCCGACUUUCAGCAGGAAAUUCCAGACUCCCGACAAGAAUUUCAGUGUGUAUUAUUUUUCAAGCCAGUUUCAGAGUGCAAGUCGCAUUACGAGCUUGUAGAAAUCAAACCAGUAAACAAAAUAAAUCCGCAGAAGAAAUCAUUUCGGAUUUACAGCCGAAAAAGCAACGUUGUUUUCAAAAUAAAUGUAAGUGGUCCUGAACUAUUGGAAGUCUGGCCUUUGAUUGGAAUUAUUAAUAAAAAUAGCGAGGAGAAAGUGCGUCUGAGAUUUCAACCUAUGAAAAAGUUAACGAGUAGCUGGGGAGUGUUACGAAUACUCACCACUCCCUGUCCAAGCAAAUAUCCACAGAGAAGCAUAAAAGUGAAGAAACUGUGGAAAGAAAUUCCUCCCGAGCAAAUCACAGAAACCUUUGUCAUGGUACAUUUCGUUAAGAAGGAUUCCUCUGAAAACGAGACUGCAACGUCAUGCGUUCUAAACGGGUGUUUUCCUCUACUAAAAGAAUAUCGAACUCUCCUACUGAUUCUCUCUGCUGUUUCAUUUAUCUGUUACGUUAUGUUAAAUUUUAUGUUAUUCUGAAGCAAACUAUAAAU